GUGCGUCAGCAAAGAAACGCAAACAUCUGAUUGGUCAGUGUUUUCCAGCUAUAUAAAUAUAGCUUAUCCGGACUCAUAACCAUUAGAGAAGUAGAGACACAGCUUUCAACUGAUAACUGUGUGAUACUUGCUGCAGUGGUUAAGUCUAAUUAUUCACAGAUCUUGGGAAUCUUGGACAAUUCUUAAAGACAAUUCCUUUAGUAUCAGCCACAAUGGAUUUGGUUUACGAAAACAGUGUUUCUGCAAUUGAAACGUUGCAAACCAGAUUUCAGCAGCAAAAAAACGUAUUUUUCACAAUUUCGAACUUUGGUGAUCCUCGAUAUGCCUUCCUUUUCUACGCACCUUUGAUUUUCUCAUUGGAUCGCAGAACAGGAACUAAGUUGAUGUGGGUUACCAUCAUUGCUGAGUGGUCCAACCAAGUUUUGAAGUGGGUGCUGCAUGGAGAACGUCCUUAUUGGUGGAUACACGAAACACAAGUUUACAACAAGACUGGCUCAAACACUCCAGCCAUUCAGCAAUACUUUAUGACAUGUGAAACUGGACCAGGAAGCCCUUCAGGUCAUUCCAUGGUAUCCGCAGCGGUAUGGUACAUUCUUAUUACUGCUUUUCUAGAGAAGUCUGGAGCUGUCAGAAACAACCACAAAAACAUAUUGGUGUCCAUAAGCUGGUCAAUUUACACAAUUCUGCUUUGUGUGGUCAGUCUGUCUCGAGUGUACAUCGCUGCUCACUUUCCUCACCAGUGCUUAUUGGGAAUGGUUAUUGGAUGUGGUCUUGCCACCAUCAUGAGCAAAUUUUCUCUGGAUACUUUGAAACUGAAGCAUUACGUUAUCGCUACCUUCGGUCUUCUGGGCAGUGCUUUAACCACCUACGGUGUUCUGCGUGUUUUGGGUUUGAAUCCUCUUUGGUCGGUCGAUAGAGCCAUGAAGUGGUGCGCCAAGCAAGAGUACAUCCACGUGGACACUACUCCUUUCUUUUCAAUGAUGCGCUAUUGUGGUUACAUGUUAGGUAUGGGCAUCGGCCUCAACUCUAUGUUCAACAAGAAAGCUGAAAAGGUUCCAUUCUCUAUGGGUAUGAAGGUUACUUCCGCUCUCUUGGCUGUUGGUGUAGCUAAGCUAUCUGAGCAAGUCACACUUCCAAAAGGAAGCAGCAGUAGAAGUCAUUUAUUUGUAUCAUUCCACAUAUCAUGUAUCAUCAUAAAUGGUGUACAUAAAAUACUAGUUUCUGGCAGUAGAACUUUACAAACCCUUCAAAGAGGAAAAGUAACAGCAGAAAAACUUGGCAGUUUGGUAAAUUCUGUAAGAUAUAUAUAGAAACAUGUAGCUUGAAUGGAUGAACACAUGUAGUGUAUGAAUUGCUGUAUUUUUUUUUGUUAAAAAAUCUUCGCACUUGUUAAUUUAUUACUUUAAUAAUGGAGAUUGUUGGAUAAAACUCGUCAUUUAUAUUUAUAUUUAAUAAUCAAGUAAGAAUAAUACAAUAUUUUUGAAGUAUCAUGAAAAAUAAGCUGAAGUGUAAGUUUCAGUGAUUUUUACAGCAAUUUAUUUUUAUUUUUUUUCUAAAUUUUGCAUCAUAAUAAAUUUUGUAUGAUGGAUGUCUAUCAGUAAAUUGUGGCACGAUUUAUAUGACGUAAAACCAAAUUCAAUAUCGCGUUUAUUUUCAGGCUAUAUAUAUAUAUGAGUAUUGUACAAAUAUGAAAUAUAUUCAUUUUACUUUAACAAUUUUAAAUUGAAAUUAGUGAAAAAUUGUAUUUUGCGUAAAUAUUGACAAAUAUUUUAUUUAGUCUAGGAUUGUGAAUAGUUUUAUUUUGUAAUAUCUGUAAAUAGAAGUACAAAAAUAAAACCUUGUAAAUAUAUG